AUGAGAACGUUGGUGAACGAUGACACGACAUACGAAAGAGUUCGUUCUGAUCCCACAACUAGAUAUCAGAAUGGAAACAACUCACUAGUCAAACGGCUCAAGGACUUGAAGCUCAUUGACUACAGGACAGCUAAGGAGUUAACCACGAACAACGCGAUUUGUCCCAGGAUCUACGGCCAGCCGAAGGCGCAUAAGCAGAACCUGCCGCUUCGACCUGUCAUUCCCAACGUAACAGCCCCGACAUACAAACUCGCCAAAUACGUAGCCAACAUCCUCCAGAGCUCAAUCCACAGUCCCUACAACACGGCCAGCUCAUUUGAGUUCUGCGACGGAGUGAAUAACAUCACACUUCCAGAAGGAUAUGUUAUGAUUUCUCUGGAUGUGACGUCUCUUUUCACUAACGUACCGCGGCACCUGGUUACAAAAAACAUCAUUCACCGGUGGAAUGAAGUUGAUACCCGUAUCAAUCUGGAUCUGUUUUUGGAGAUCGUCGAGUACUGUAAAGAGGCCAGUUAUUUCUGCUUUGAAGGGCAGUAUUACAAACAGACAUUCGGGACGGCUAUGGGAAGCCCGCUGUCGCCAAUUGCGGCGGACAUUGUACUGGAUGCAGUCAUCGCUCAAGCUAUGAGAUCUCUACCGUUCGAGAUAACAAUAUUCAGGAAAUACGUGGACGAUAUAUUCAUGGCGAUACCACGGAACACCGAGCAACAAGUCCUGCAAGCAUUCAACAAUGUGGAACCGAGAAUUCAGUUUACCAUUGAAGCCGAGAAAGACCAAAAACUGGCGUUUCUAGACGUGACGGUAAUCAGAAACCCAGACCAAACCCUAACCACGGAGUGGUAUGCAAAACCGAUUGCAUCAGGGCGCAUGCUUAACUACAAAUCCCACCACCAACUCAAACACAAGAUGAACGUAGCCAAGAACUUCAUCCACAGGGUCUGGUACCUCACUCGAAAUAAGUCCACAGAGGAAAUAGUGAACAUCAUCCACCGACAUCUCCAGCUGAAUGACUACCCCAAACAAUUAAUCAAUCGAUUAAUCAACCUGUAUGAGAACCAAAAACAAUCACCUACACCACCCACACUGACUUAA